CUGGCAUGCCAUGGCCGCGUCCAGGAUGGAUUCUUGCUUGGGCCCCUCUCCCUCUCGUCGUCUUCGCGCUCUUGAGCAUGUCUCACCGUUUUACCGCGUCGUCGCCGUCCUCCUGGAGCCACUUCCCCCUCCAUCAUCCCCUCCGUCAGCUCUCGUCGCCGCGCGCCCACGGACGCACUGUGGCCGACCGAGCUUUAAUGGCACCGUGGCCGCUUCUCCUCUGCGCCCUCGGCCCCUCCUUCCCUAUACACCUCUGUAGCUCGUCUGCACUCCCCCUCGUCGUGUUCCCACGCCCUCCCGUGAUCGCUGGCCGUCGCCAGAACGUUGGCCGGAUCCCUGCGGCGACACCCGAGCCACGGCCACGCGUCUGCAGCCUCCCCUCAUCGCCCCGGCUAUAUAUAGGCCUUCCCCGAGCCAUUCAACCUCACCAGCCUCCUCACCGAAGUCCUCUACGCCGCCCCGACCACCAAACCGAGCUCGAGGAGCUCCCGUUCCACUCCUCUGUCCGCCAUUGCCGCCAUCGGGCCUCGCUCAAAUUUGAGCUAGGCAGAGCCCCUCCCCUCCUCUUUUCCACUCUAGAACUCCUCCUCCACUCCCGCAAGACCACCCUGGCCCUCGGCUCGUCGCCGGAGCGCCCGUCGGGCCGUGCCCGACGCCAACCAGAGACGACGUCCACCCCGUCUUCGACCGUCGCCUUGCAGUCCCUUCUCGGCGUCCCCAGCUGGUCCAUGUGGGUGCGGCGCCUUGCCCUGGUCCCGCCGUUGCCCUCCCCUUGGCCGGAGUUGGCCGGAGCCGCUAGGCCAGCGCCGGCGCCCCUCCCUCUAUUCUGCGCCCGCGUCGGGGGGAAGAAGAGGAGGAGCGGGAGGAGGGAGUUGACCGAGCCCGUGGACCCCGCGGCCCCACCAGUCAGUGACCCGGGGGGUUGACCCCGCUGACACUGACGUGGCAAGUGGAGACGUAUUCGGCCGUCUGCGUUUUCAUCUGUAGAAAGCGUAUCGUAUGAAGUGCGCUUCCUCUUUGGUCCCUGAACUUCCUCACCUCACAACUUUUUACUCGUAACUCCAAAUGAGGUGAAUCCAAAGCCCACGUUUUCGUUUCGUCGAGCCCAUUCUGUUGGCCACACUUCCACCUUGUGUUAAUAUUCUAUAAAUGACAUUUUUGCCCUUGCACAUAAACAGCCCCUCCGGGAAAGAACUAUUUCCGGCAAAUCUUUUCGCGGCUUCACCGCACUUCUUCCCCGUGCCUUCUUCAUCCCCAGGCAAGCCACAAUACCCACUUGCAUGGUAGUCAUGCAGUAGCCAUGGUUUUCAACUUG